AUGGUCGAGAGCCAGACCCCCCACUGCCGGAACCGGUCCCACGUCCUCCAGACCAACCACUACUCGCAGAACUUGAGCUGGAUCCACCCCUCUUUGAUGGACCCAGCUCAAGUUAUGCGAGUAGUGGUUGGUCUGGAGGACGUGAGACCGGUUCCGACAGUGGGGGGUCUGACUCUCGACCAUUCUGGAGCCAGUCCUCGGGACAACAAUCGGUGGGCAGUACAGCCAGGGAUCCUCAGAGGCAAUUUACUGCAACCUGUUACAGGUGUAAGCAUGCAGGAUAUGUUAGGAAGGAUUGCCCAAACCGUGGGCAGGCUAUUGGCUCUGGUCAGAGGGGCGGAGUGA